UUUCUGCUUUCAGUCCGUUUUUUUCGUCCGUACUUGAAGUUGCAUCGGUGAGAUUCGCAAGUGAUUCGGUUUCAAUAAAUAUUCGGUGAAAUGUACAGACAAGUUGGCUGGGCAUUAGCCAAAAAUAACAACAGAGCAAAUAUAAACAAGUGCGAUGUAUAAAUAUGCAUAGUGAAUUUGAUAAAGUGCAAUAAAUUUACAAGCAAAGUAUAUACUUAACAUACAAUAGUCACGAAAAUAGUAAAAGAUUGCACAAAAAAUGCAAGUAACCAAUACAAGUAAAGUUAAAGUGCUGUAAAGAAAAGCUACAAAGAAAAUUACGAAUAAAAAUUAAAGAAAAGCAAAAUUUUCUAGACGAUUGCUGCAAAUUCGAGUGCAAGGUAUUGGAUUAAGCAACAAAACAUUUGUGAAUCAACCCCAACUCAACUGCGUGCUUCCAGUUACAUUUCCCAAAAAAUAUACUUGUUUUCCAUGCACACUCUUCGUAAACUGUAUGAGUGAAAAUCCAUAAAAAUAAAUUAAUAAAAUAAAUAAUAAAUUUAACAAAAAGUCUACAAAAAAAAUAAUCGAUGAUUUAAGAAAACGUCAAAUGUGCAAAAUAUAAUUUUUUACAGUUAAACUGUGUGAGACAAAAAAUAUUUCAAAAAAAAGUGACCACACAAAUAUUUAUUUAUCCAAUAAAAGUUACCACAACAACCACACCAAUAUUUGCAAAAAGUGUUCUCCAUUAAAACGACGAGACCUUACAUAUAUGUAAUCAAUUAUUAAUUACCCUGUAUUCUACUUUUCGAAAAUCGUUGUUUGUUCGAAAACAAAUCGAUUUGCCUGCGUUUGUGAGUGUGUCUAAAAAUAAAUUUCGUUCAUUUUUGUUUCAAAUUUCCGUCGAAAUAAAUCAAAAUUUUUUCCUGUUUAUAAAUUAGUGCGUGUCUAGGCAGCGAUUAAUAAUUGACGUUAUCGCGCGUUACGUCGCCCAAAACGCUACGCGUCGCGUCGUCUUGUGCAUCAACAACGAACAGUGGGUGCGUGCGUACGAAAUACCGUUAACGCUUCAGCACUGCAACGGCCUUCGAAGCUUUCGACAUACGAAGAGAUAUUAGUUUGCAGCACUUGAGUUCGUCACUUCGUCGUUUCAUCGUCGUCAUCGAUCGCGUACGCAGCUGCAUAGUGUUUGCCGACGGUGAUGAGUUUUAGUUCCUACGCGCUGUCAAUUAUUCAUCACAGCUGAUAGUGAUGAAUCCAAAUCAACACAGUGGGCCCGGUCCACCGUUAGCGAUAGCGACAACAAACAAAACAACCACAACAACAAUUGCAAUGAAUACAACAGCAACAGCAGCACAGCAUAGCUCCUCGUUUAUGGGCGUCGGUGGUGUUAGUUCUAGUGCGGCUAGUUGUGGCAUGAUUGGCAUCGAUCAAGUGGAUGCCUCCAUUAUGGCAUCAAAGACAUAUGCAACAAAAUGUGCAACAACGCCAACGCCUGCAGCAACAACAGCAACAACAUAUGGCGGUAUGAAAAGUGCUUACGCGGCGGCAACGAACGGUGUUGGUGUUGGUGGUAGUUACGUUGCCAAUACGCCCACUGCUAUGACCAACGGUCAAUACACCAGCAGCAGCAACAACAACAAUAGCAACAUUAGUAGUAGUAAUUGUAAUGGUAGUAGUGCUAAUGUGGGCAAUGUAAGUGUGCAUAGUCAUACGACGGCACCGCCGCCGGUUGCACGUACCAUCUCGUCCGAUCGUUUGGUCACAGGGCCAUCGUGUAAAGCUCUAAGAACUGCGGUGUCAGCGCUCUACUCUGUGGAUGAUUUUGUCAAGGAGAAAAUUGGCUCGGGAUUCUUCUCCGAAGUGUUUAAGGUCACUCAUCGUACAACUGGCGAAGUUAUGGUGCUGAAAAUGAAUCAGUUACGUGCAAAUCGACCAAAUAUGCUCAGGGAGGUGCAGCUGCUGAACAAAUUAUCCCACCCAAAUAUUUUAAGUUUUAUGGGUGUCUGUGUGCAAGAAGGUCAGCUGCAUGCCCUGACGGAAUAUAUUGAAGGCGGUUCGCUGGAGCAGCUACUGGCCAACCAAGAGGCGGUAUUGACGGCUGCUAUGAAACUAAGACUGGCGCUGGGUAUAGCGAACGGCAUGGCAUAUGUGCACGACGCGGGCAUUUUUCAUCGCGACUUAACAAGCAAAAAUGUGUUAAUACGGAAUAUGCCCGAUGGACAAUUCGAUGCUGUUGUAGGCGAUUUCGGUUUGGCGGCUAAAAUACCAGAUAAGCAUGGCAAAACGCGCCUCGACACAGUCGGCUCACCCUAUUGGGUAAGCCCCGAGUGCCUCAAGGGUCAAUGGUAUGAUCAGACAAGCGAUGUCUUCUCCUUUGGCAUUAUACAAUGCGAGAUAAUCGCACGCAUAGUCGCCGAUCCGGAUGUGAUGCCGCGCACUGAUGCAUUUGGUUUGGAUUAUUUGGCUUUCGCCGAGCUAUGCCCCAUGGAUACACCUGCUGUAUUUCUGCGCUUGGCUUUCUACUGCUGCAUCUACGAAGCCAAAAGUCGACCGACUUUCCACGAAGCUGUUAAGAAACUGAAGCUAAUAAUGCAGGAGCAUGAAAAUGGUUAUAAUGGUGACUUCAACUCCUCGCUGAAUACAUCGAGUCCACUGAAUUCGCUGGAGCUGAAUAGUUCAAUUAAUGGCGCAAACAUAACAACAACAGAAAGCGCACAUGAAAACUCAACUGCGAGUCACAAAAACGACUGCAUGCGACAAUGCUACUCCAGCAGCACAUUACACAACAACUCCAGCUGUUGUAGUUGUCACAAGAAUGGCGCUGCGUCGAAAGCGGCGGUCAUUCAAACGGCGCCCGCCGGUACUGCUGCGACGCAUAAUUACAACGAAUUGGAUGAGAACGGCUUCCGUUUCCCUAACGGUAAAAAUGGCGGCACCGGCGGCAGCACCACACCAUAUCAAACGCCCAAUAGCUCGUCGGCGGAAUACAACGAAUUUGAGGAUCGUGUGUUGGAGACGCGUGUGCGUCGUGUCACCAAAAAGCUCGAGGCUGACAUGCAAUUACAGCAGCAUCGACGCUCGUACAGCGAAAAUAUCAUCCAUUUCCCGCUGCACACCACGCCCAGCGACAAGGCGCGCUGUCAUCAAAUGCAACGGCAGCGCUCGUCCACACACUCACCAACACCGCCCGCGUUGUCGCGCAUAAAUGGUGGCAGUGAGAAGUCCACACAGCCACCGUAUGUUAGUGUCGCCACCGUCGAUGCCACACAAGUGCCGACGCCUGCUAUUAAGCCACCGACGCAGCAAUUGACAUUGCGUAAAGUCGCCGAGACUAUGUGUUUGAAGGAUCCACACUACAAACCCAUCCGUUCCGAUCACAAUGGCGUGAAGAGUAAUCCAUUCACCACGCUGGCGCAAUUGCGUGGCGUCAAGAAGAUACUCGGUGCCAAUCCGAAAACGUACGCUGCCGGUGUGGGUGAUCUGUUUAGUUCAUGUUUUGAAAUGUCUGCGCCGUUCUUUAAAGAGUUGGCAGCCGAGUUGGCGAAGAGCACAAAUAAAACGGUCACAACGAGCGAGGUUGGUUGUGCAGUGGCCGCACGUUUGAGCGCCGGCGGCGUUGGUCGUGGUCUGCCUGCCACACCAAAUGAACCAAAGAGCUUACCCUCAUCGCCGCAAUUGACGCGCAAAUUCAGCGUUAGCGAACUGAAAGCAGCGGCGCAUUGCCCCGUCUCUGCUGUAGACUCGUCCGUGGCUGAGGAUGAUGACGACUGCGAUGAUUGUGCUUCGGACGGUGAGCCCGAUGGUGAUGGUGGUGGUAACUGUGCUGAUGCUGAGUCAAGUAGCGAUGAUUCCGCUGAACCACGCGCCAUCCACCUGUCAACGCCAGCUGCACGCAAGUAUCGCGCCAAUUCGCUUUAUACACAUCCGCUUUUUAUGUGCAGCAGCGGGAAUGGCAAUGCCAACCUCGAUGAGGCUACGACCGCUGUGAAUACCCUGACGGCGUCAGCAACGUCAUCAGCGACGACCAUAUGUACGCCUACGUCCUCAGCACUGACUGUCGAUUGCGGCAACAAUACAGUUUAUUCUACUUCAGAGGACGGCUGUGAGGAGCCCGAUCCUCCUAAAAUAAAAAUAUCGAGUAACAUUACAGCGUUGACUGUUUCAUCGCCCACACCACCACCACAAACACAAAUGGCUUCGUUGGUAGCCACGCCGGCAUCCGUUUCAUCCUGUCCCGACUUUGAGCUGCAUGAAAUCAAACCGUGCGAUUUGCUGCCGAAUAAAGGCACUUUAACGCGACGUGAUUCCAUCGAAAGCGGUUUUUACUCAUGUUUCAAUGAGGACACCGAUCCAGCCAUCAACAACUCAACCACAUAUGUCACAGCUACAGCAGCCUCGACCACCUCCAUCGAUAUGGGUCUAAUGAAUCGCUUAGCCCUCGAUUCGGGCAUACAUUCGGUAUUGCAACGCAACAAUUUCGCUGUCAAUCAACUGCUCUACUGCAAGAAUCGUACCUCAUCCAUUUACACCGACAGUUCGGAUGACAUCAGCAGUUUGGCCGGCUCCGAUUCGUUGCUGUGGGACGAUCGCUCCUUCACCGCUAUACCCAGCACGCGUUCGGCACAAAUCGCAACAAUCGUUGAAUAUUUCGAACGCAAGCGACAAGUACCUGAUGACAUGGCGCCGCCUGGACGUGGUGCAUUCUUGCGCAGCGGCUCCACCAGCGCCAGCGGCAGCGCACACACAGCCAGCACGUCAAAUAGUGCCGCAUCCACGGCAGCCGCCGCAGCCAUGGCAGCUAGUAACUCGUAUGGUCUCAGCAAUUUGAGUUCGUACGAUAUGCGUCGUUAUACAGACUUCAAACGGCAUGCGGCGCUGAAUUCGGACUAUGAAGCGUUCUGCUUCGAGCUGGAUAAAAAGCCGUCGCAGCAACGUUUAACGGUGUGCGAGGGUGCGGUCAAGUCCAAGCUGCAAAUAUUCGACAAAACGAAGCAACAGCAGCAGCAGCAACAACAACAGCGUAUGCAGCAGCAGCAGCAGUCACAAACGCAGCAGACGACGUCGGCAGCACAAGCGCAUGCGUCCAGCAGUCUGACGAAUGGUCUUGCCACAAACAAGUAGUGCGCAAGGCAACGAAGCAGCAGCUCUAUGUUUUUAUAUUCGCUGACAGCCGUGAAUGUGGCGUUUUAUUUUGUUUUUUUUUUUUUCUUUUCAAUUUUCACAUUAGACAUUUUUUCAGCAUUAUUUCAUAAUUGUUAUACAUUUUCGCACUGUUUUAUGGAGUUGCACACAACUUUAGUGCUGUUUCGAGAUGUUGGGCGAAGUAAAGUUGCAGCUGCUAGGCUAGUGAGUGGCAAGUGAGGCGCAAGUGAGUCUCAAAAUUUUAACCUAAAAAUUGAAAACAUAAAAUUAUAAACGAUUUUGAAGAGCUUUUAGUCAAUUCGAGUGUGGAUCUGAGUUUUAAUAGAAAAACAAUUAAAGUAUUUAAAUUCCUGUUAUUUCAGUGAAGAGAAAAAGCAGUUAAUGCAUAUAGAAUUCAAAAUUUAACAAAAAAAAAUAUAUAACCUCACUUUUGAGUGUUUGUAAAUUAUUUAUAGCGACAACUCAAAAAUAAUUCAAAAUAGUUUUGAACACAGCCACAGCUUUGCCCCAGCUUCCUGAUUUAUUUUCAUAUUUCGGAUAUAUUCAAAAAUAGCGUAACUCAAAAAUGGAAUUUCAAUAACAAAGUGUAGUAAUUCAACAAAUUGUGCAGCUGCAGCUUUCUCAAACCAAGUUGUAACACAAAACUAUAGCAAAUAAAACACAAAAAUAAAGUUCUGGCAACAAACCAACACCAAGACUCCAUCACUUUUCCAAAAAUAUGCUUGUUUCUCAAUUCUUGCAAUGUCAUUUCAUAUCAUAAUUAGAGCAACGAAAACUAUUGUUGUUGUACACCAACUUUUUUGUUCUGUUAUGUCAUAAAAUUAUUUGUUAGUACAUACAUACAUAUAUAUAUAUAUAUAUAAAUAGAAAGGAAAGCGCUAAAGCAGCAAGUAAGCAGAGCGUAAAGAAUCACUAACUAUUUAAGUUUACACGAUAUACAAAUAUAUAUAUAAAAUAUCAAUAAUUUAAAUUGAAAAUGGAAAUGAAAAUGCAAACAAAAAAAACUAUAUCUUCCUGUUCACAAUACAUAUGUAUACAUAUAUACUCUAAAAUAUAUAUAUAUGUAUGCAUACAUAUAUAUAGUAUAUACCCAAUUAUAAAUACCGAUAUAUGAGAAAUAAAGUUUUGUACUCGUUAAGUGGUGAACACACACAAAUCAAAAAAAAAAAAUAAAAAUAUGAACGCAGCAUUCGUUUGUGUACUGUAAAAUAAGCAAAUAUAGCGAAAAAGUUGAAGACGAAAUGAAGAUAAAUGCAAGUGAAAGCCAAAAUAUUCUACUAACCUUUUAAGAAAGCAAAAAAAAAAACAAACAAAAAAAUGGAAUGAUAAUGAUAUGGAGUGUAAAAUGAAGUUAAAAGUUGUUAAGCGAAUAUCUUUUAGCAAAAAAGAAGUGAAAAAAAAAACAAAAAAAAAAUUAAUAAAAAAUAACAAUUUAAUUAAUUGAAAAAAUAUGAAGUAAACAAUUGUUGUAGGCAAGGAAUGCAGUAUUAAGUGAAAAUAAAAAAAUAUAUUAAUAAAAUAAAAAAUAAAAUUAUGUAAAAAAGAGAGUGCAUUCUGAUAAUGGCAAUUUUAAGACAAAAAAAAACAAGCAAAUAGUUUUAGUAUAUAUAUUUUAUUUAUUAAUGAUGUUUAUGAUUUAUGCGCUAGCAAGGAGAGCAAGAAAAGAAAAACUUGACUUCCAUAAAACAAAAUAUGAAAACGAAAAAGCCUGCAAAUUGUGUUUAGUAAAUUAAAUAUGAUUUUUUUUUUCAAAUAUAAAAAUAAUUUAUAAUCAACAAACGUUAAAAAUGUUUGUUGUUUGAACUAAUGUUGGCUGCUUCCAGUAAUACUAAAGUAAUUAUGAACAAAAUGUCGGUAUUUUUGCAGUCACUUAGCGCUAUAUACUAUUUGAUUUUUGCUUUGAAUUAGACACUUUAAUUUUUUGUUGCAACUGCAAUGAAAAAAAAAAAAUAAAAAUUCAUAUGCAGUGACGUUGCUCAUGUUUCCUAGUCCUUAACACUAUUUAAUUUCAUUUCUUAACAUUCUUUAAUUUAAUAUUUUUUUUUAAUUUAAUAUUUUUUUUUUAAUUUAAUAUUUAUGCUGUUAUUAAUUAUUGUGCACAGUUAUGAUUUGUUGGCGCCAUAAAAAGCGAAAGAAAAAAAAUAUUUGUAUUAUAUAUAAAAAAUUAUAAAAAUUAACUAAAAUUAAUGAAUAAUUUUUUUCUAUUAAUUUUUUUUUCAACGAAACUAUUAAAUUGAUGAAUUCUGUAUACUCUAAUGGCAAAGCUAUAAACAAACGAAUUAUAAAUAAUUAAUGAUUACUCGUUUUAAGUAUUUAUUUACGCGCGCUAAUUAUGUAUGUUUUUGCUAAGUUAUAAGUUUCUUCUUUAAAUUAAUUUACUGCAUAAAUCUAAUUUGUAUUAAAACAUUAUUUAAAUAAUAGAGGUGUUAUGUAAAUUUAUUUUUUUAUUACAUUAUAUUAAAAAAAAAAAAAACAUUUAAACUGCUUCAAAUCAAAUAAUUUUUUUGGAAAAAAUAUUUUUUGGAAUUUUUUAUACUUUAACAAAGUGCGUGCUGCAGCUAAAAUCGUGAAUUGAAUCAAAUAAAAUAAAAAAAAUUAUAUGCAUCACUAAAUUAAAUAUUCAAAUAGCAUAUAUAUUUGACUAGUACCUACCACAAAUGAUUUUGCUUUAAUGCAAUAGUAAACACAAAUAUUUUUCGUUUUGACUCCCCCCACUCUGUGUGCCGGUUGCUUAAUUUCGUUCUAUCACAAACUAAAUAAUUAAUUAUUAAAUCUUUAUUCAUUAUUGCAUAGUUAAGUUAUUUUGUGUGUAUUAAAUUAGUUUUUAACUUUGAUUAAUUAUUAUAAUGUAUUGCUGUAGUAAUGGUAAUUGAGUUAAGAUUACAAAAUAAAUGAAGAAAAUAUUUUGAGUUAAA